AAAAAAAAAAAAAAAAGAAAAGGCGUCCGGAUCGAUAGCACCUGGUUCGAUCAGCGAUAAGAGAGGACGGAUUCUGAGAUUGCAGCGAAUUCCUUCACAUUGGUUCUUCUAAUUCUUCUUAUUCUCUCCGAAAAUCUAGCUUCCAAUCACCUUGCAUUUCUCUUUUAUUAUUCAGCGUUUUCAUUUUUUCAAGCCGCUCCUCCUGGCUCCGCGAGAUGAGGUGCCGUUUUUUUCGCCGUCUAUGGGUGUUUCUACUGAUAUUAUCAAAAUUUCGGAGCUUGACGGGCGAAUCAAGAACAUUCCAGAAUUCGGAAUUAUCCCAAUUGGGUUCCCACCAGGAUAAUUCUGAAGGAUUAGCUCAAAUUGGUGGCAAAUCCCUUCUUCCCCUUCCUCUAAAAAGUAAGGACAAUACUGCUCUUAUUGCUGCUUCGGGUGGGGAAUUUUAUUUGAUAGAUAGUAGCUCUAUGAAGAUAAUUUGGUCAUUUACUUCCGGUACGCCAAUCUACUCCUCAUAUCAGGCUCCUAUCAAACAUGGUUACAAAAAGGAAAAUGCUUCCGGUUCAAGCAGUAGGCCCUUUUUUUUUGAUUUUGGAGAUGACUGGGAGUUAUACAUGCACACAGAGCAUGGUCGAACGAAACUACCCCGCACCAUUGAUGAGGUUGUUAGAAGUACACCAUACAUAUUCGAGGAUGGUGCAGUGAUGACUGGUUCUAAGAAAACUACUGUGUUUGAGAUUGACCCUGUUACUGGAAAGUCGAUUCGUAACCAUUCAUCUGAUUUCUCAUCAUCUGGGAUAAGCAAUGAAGAACAUGGUGUUUUAAAUGGUUAUAAUUCCAAGAAUAAUAUGGACAAUAAGGAUCUGAUACAACCUGGUUUGAUGAACCCUAUUCAGCAACGGCUGUACAUUACAAGAACAGAUUAUUCCCUGAAAUCAUCUUUCCCGGGUUCAGAAGAAGUUUCCUGGAGUUUGAGUUUUGCUGAAAUUGGAGCUACUUUAUUCUUUCCAGACGUCGAGAAUCCAACAAAGAGUGCUCCUUGGAAUCUUCAAAAUAAUGGUAAUUCUGAGGCCGACUUUGAUUUUGCUGCGCCAUUGUCUUGCCAAUCAGAAAUACUAGUCUUUCGUGAACGGAACCAUGUUUUGACAGAAUCGUCUGGGCAUAGAAUACUUUCUGAGGCUCAUAAUAAUAUGCUUUCGGUGCCUGCUUCAAGUUUAAUGCUUCCUAUACAGCCAAAUGUUAAACAUUCAAAUAUUCGUCCUGAAAGAUUGAUGCUUCCUGGACCUGCAGCAAACAUUAUAGGAACUAAUGCAAGUAAUCACCUAAACAACGAUAGUAAGGCAUUAGUGCCUCUGAUGGAGAUUAAUGAUUCAAGGAUAGUUCAGGGACAUAAAAAAGGAAAUCUUAAUGUUGACCUCAUAGGCAUGGUUUUUAAUGGACCAGUAGGAUUGUCUAUUUUAAUUUUUGUAACCAUGUUUUUGGGAUUGAUUAACCAUUGUAGAGCACUGGUUGUAAAGGGAAAACAAUUUUUUCUGAAGGAGAAGACGGCUAGUACUGUUAAUUCAAAAAUUGUCUCUUCCAAAAAAAAGAAAGCUCGGAAGUCAGGAAGAAAUGGAAAUUUAGAGAAAAAGGAUGCAUCUGCUUCAUCAGAAAAUGAAGAUAUACUACAAAGCGAGGGUGAUUUUAAAUGGUUUCACCACAAUAAUCUUACUGAUUAUGGCCGUUGGAUUGGUAAAUUAUUUGUAACCAAUACGGAGAUAGCUAAGGGUAGCAAUGGCACUAUUGUUCUUGAGGGGGUCUAUGAAGGUCGAUUAGUUGCUGUGAAACGUCUUGUUAAAACUCACCACGAUGUUGCCUUUAAAGAGGUUCAAAAUCUAAUUGCUUCCGAUCGUCACCAAAAUAUUGUUCGAUGGUACGGGGUGGAGUAUGAUCAAGAUUUUGUGUAUCUUUCACUGGAACGGUGUACCUGCAGCCUAGAUGAUUUGAUUCAGAUUUACUCUGAUUCAUCCCUUGACUCUUUGUUUCGCUUGGAUGAAGAUACAGGACCUAUGGUUGAUUAUAAACUGCAUUUGGAAUCUGUCAAGAAUGUCAUGUCAGAUCUGAAUUUGUGGAAAAAAAAUAGCCGUCCGUCGCCACUUCUUUUAAAACUCAUGAGGGAUAUGGUUGCUGGGCUAGAGCAUUUGCAUGAAUUAGGGAUAAUUCACAGGGACUUAAAGCCACAAAAUGUGUUGAUAAGUAAGCAAAAGUCUAUGUGCGCAAAGCUCUCUGAUAUGGGUAUUAGCAAGCGCCUUCUGAAAGAUAUGUCUUCCUUGGGACAUCAUGCUACUGGUUGUGGGAGUUCUGGUUGGCAAGCCCCUGAACAACUUCUUCAUGGACGACAAACACGUGCAGUUGAUUUAUUUAGCUUAGGCUGUGUUCUUUUUUUCUGCCUCACUGGUGGUAGACAUCCAUUUGGAGAUCGUUUUGAGCGUGAUGCCAAUAUCGUGAAGAACCAAAUGGAUCUGUUCUUGGUGGAGUGCAUCCCAGAAGCUGUAGAUCUUAUUUCUCGAUUGUUGAACCCUAAUUCUGAUUUGAGGCCAAAAGCAUCAGAGGUAUUGCAACAUCCUCUGUUUUGGAGUUCUGAGACCCGGCUUUCUUUUCUUCGUGAUACUAGUGAUAGAGUGGAAUUGGAAGAUAGAGAGACUUACUCUGAACUCUUGGAAGCAUUAGAGAGUACUGCACCAUUAGCUUUAGGUGCUAAAUGGGAUGAAAAGUUGGAUCCAGCUUUCAUCACAAAUAUUGGUCAGUAUAGACGUUACAAGUACGAUAGUGUUCGGGACCUGUUGCGAGUCAUGCGCAACAAGUUGAAUCAUUACAGAGAACUCCCCAGAGAAAUUCAGGAGCUUGUAGGAUCCGUUCCCGAGGGAUUUGACAGCUACUUUGCUAGUCGGUUUCCAAGGCUGUUGACUGAAGUAUACAAAGUAAUAAGCCAGUACUGUAAGGAAGAGGAAAGUUUUCAAAAAUACUUCAAAGGCCACGUUGAGUAGACUGGGACACUGCUUAUAAAUGUCACCAAUUAUUUCGUUGACUUAUUUAGAACACAAUGUUUAUGUAUAGAAAAGUGUAAAUAUUGUUGUAGUAAAACAUAGAUUUGUAACUGUAUCAUUAUGUCCCAAAGAUCUUCCGUGUAUGGUUUUUGGUCCUCAAAACUUCAUUUUCUCUUUGUACUGAAUAAGAACAAUGAAUCUAAUGAAAAUGAACGAUACUUUGUAAAGGACAA